GAACGUCCGGGCAGCUCCGGCCCAACAUCGGCCGAUAAAUCUGUUUUGGUGUACGCGUACUAUUAGAAUGUUCUGACUCAUAUUAACUUGGUUCUACUAACAGCGUUAUCAGCGAUUGUUUGCAUAUACCUGACGAAGUGUAAACCAAUCGAUCUGUAGUUAUUGCUUCACGAAACGCCGACUUGAUUGUACAAAAAUAAAAGAUCCAGCAGUUAUUGACGUUAUUUACCAUUUGUUUUGGGGGUUGAAUCUCCAUCAUAAACAAGGGGAUAGGGUGAGUUUUAGUGUGCAAUCGGUCGUUAGCUCAGCUAUUUUUAAAGUUACCAUGGCUACACAGCCGAUAGCCCUGGGUCCAGAUCCAGCAUCGUUGACCUGUCCACACUGUCAUGCCAGAGUGACAACGACUAUGAAAGCGGCUGCAAAUACUAAAACUCACAUAAUCGCUUUAAUUCUAUGCGUUUGUCUAUGCAUACCUUGCGUAUGUAUUCCAUAUUGCUGUGAUUCCUGCCAGACUUUACAACAUUACUGUCCAAACUGCCAGGCAUACUUGGGGUCGUAUGCUAACUGAAAGUGUAUUUUUUAUAUUUUUGGGUUUUUUGUUGUACUUUAUACUGGGCGAUUAAUGUUUAACCUUACUAGCAUGUUUGUACAUCAAAUAUUUAUAUAAAUACGUGUUGCUUUAUUGUAAACCUAUUCCCAAUUUUGUUAUCUCAACAAGGUACUUACGUUGUAUCGCCAUAUGUCUGCACAAAUUACCAUUCUAUUCUAAUAGAUUAGGAGCCAAGCCUAUAUGUUUGUAUUGCAUUAUUUGUCGCCAAAAUUGCGGAGAUUUAGUGCAUGUUUUUACUCAGUGGCCUGCCAAUGCUUACUAAAGUGUUAGCGUUGUAUCAACAUGAUAUUAGUACUUACCGAUCGAAAAAUCUCUCGUUGCAAAUUAUGUAAGAAGUACCAUCAUCUUGAAAUCGUCUAACACCUUAAUUCUGUAAAGACUAGCACUUUUUAAAAAAAAACACUAAGGGACAUAUCGUCAGUCGUUUCUACAGUUGUAGGACGCCUUUAGGCCCGUAUCGCCAGUCGUUCCUACAAUUGUAGGACGCCUUUAUGGCCCCCUU